GCGUACUGCUCAGUUGCUAUGGGAAACGUGACGAGCCAAUAGCGCAGCCAGUUGUGUGUUGAGUGUAUCGUUAGAGCGUCGUUGGAUACAGCGUUGUGUUAGGAAAUAUCCUUUAUGUUUCAAAAUUUGAGAUACUUUAAUCUACACAAAUACUCAGGACAGUAGAGUUUCUUCAAGAGCGCGAAGAUGACAGCAGGUUCAGUGGCAGCACCUCGGAUCAUUCCCAUUCGCAUGCCGCCUCCAGGAAAAGCCAAGCACGAAAUCGACUCUCGCACUCCUGUUGAGAUCAAAUCCGACUCGUCUGAUGUGAGUGUCCUGUACACGCUGGACGGCAGUAAGCCGGAGAUGAUGAAGAGGCCGGGUUUUGGUGACAGCACUCUGAAGUACACUGAACCUAUCCGCUUACCUGCGGGGAAAGUGUCUGUGAGAGCCAUGGCUGUCAGCACUGAUGGCCGUCAGAGUGCAGUCGUCACCAAGGUUUUCAUAGUGGCCCCGACUCCUUCAGAUGAGCAGGAUCCGACUACAGGCGAUGAAGGUGACACUCUGACGGAUUCAUUAAUGAAUUUGAAGGGGAGCGAAAAUGGACCUGGCAUUUCCUCUAGUAAAAAAAAUUUAGAUAUUCCCAGUAGUGAAUCUCGCAAAGCUUUGAAAGGCCCUCGAUUCCUGUCACAACGCCUCGGCCCCGGUUCAUCUGCACGGCUGAUGGUGCAAAACACGCAAAACCAGAGCACAGAUGUGGAAAACCACUUAAAAACCUUGACGAGCACUCAGAUAUCACGGAUCCAGAGAGAGACGGAUUUCCUUAGAUGUCCAAAGUGCUUGAGUCAUCGCCCUUCGGAUCCUUUCGCCCGAUUCUGUCUGCACUGCGGAGCACCAGUGUCUCCAAUACCUGGUCAAAGGCUGCCCCCUACUGAAGGAGGACAGAUGGGUCUGUGUGUGCAUUGUAAAACCAUGGUGCCUCUCAAUACGGCCAUAUGUGUGGUGUGCGAGUCGCCACUGACUCGACAACUGCAGCCGCAGGCUAGUCUGAGACUACAGGAUAAGCUUAUCUGUCACUCUUGUGGGACAGGAAACCCUGCUCAUAUCACACACUGUGUCACUUGUGAAUCCCAGCUGCUUCAGCAAACCACACCAGUUUUGAGCGGACAGAGAGCUGCAUCUUUACCCAGCUCACAGGGCAAAAUGGUCUCCUGCUCCAAGUGCAAUAGAGUCAACCACUCGGAUGCUCGAUUCUGCGACUGGUGUGGAGCAAAGCCCGGCCACAAAUCCAGCUCUGUGACUUGUUCUCAGUGUGGAGCUAGCAGCCAUCCUUAUGCUAAUUACUGCGGUGGCUGUGGUGUCUUCCUGGAUGGCCCACCCAGGACACCCUCACAUGUAAACCAGGGACAGGACACACAGGAAGCUGAUCAGUCUUCAGCCACCUGGCAGGCAGUUCCUGCACCUGAAUCAACAACUGAGCCUCUAGCUGCAGGUUUGCGCAUGUGCGCAGAUGCACAGACGCAGACAGUGGGGCUGUUUUUCCCGUCUAGCACUGAGCUGAAAAAACAGAGCCAACAGAGGGAGGCGGAGCUUAGCAGACAGGAGCAGAUGAGUGACAGGAAGCCCCUCCUCACUGCCAUUAGUCCAGGCCGAGGAUACUGGAGGAAGCAGCUGGAUCACAUUUGCGCUCAUCUGCGCAGUUACACUCAGAAUAAUACUGAGUUUAGAGCUCUGAUUGGAGAACCUCGCCUGGGCAGAAUGAUAUCUGCUGUUAUUCAGGAGGACAGCUAUGAAGUCAGUCUGCGCAUUAACUUCAUCUCUGCCUCACCGGAGGGAUCCAGGUCGUCUUCUGCCGGCCAGCAGAGCAGAUCUGUGGCAUCAGAGAGUCAGAACCUCAGUGCUGUGACAGAAGGCAGAAAUUCAGCCAGUCCGGAUAGUAACAUUAAUACAGCAGGAUCGUCAGCUAAAAGAAAGAAGCAGAAAAAGAUCUGGAGCUCAGACGCCACAGAAAAGCAGCCGGAGUCUAAAGACAGUCUGCUUCUUAAGGAGGUGGGGCCUGUGGGGCGGGGCCAGAUCUCAGCAGUGCAGCAGCUAUUGGAUGAGGGUGCUGACCCAGCAUGUUUGGGAAGUGAUGGACGUCCCGCUCUGGUUGCUGCAGUGUUAAACGGGCAUCAUGAUGUUAUUCCUGUGCUGGUGCAGAGAGAAGCUGAUGUUAACCAUGCAUCUGGACCGUUGAAUAACACGGCGCUGCAUGAGGCUGCAGCACUGGGAAACGAAGGUCUGAGGAGCGUUGAGAUACUCCUGGGGUGUAAUGCAAGUAUCAGAAAGCAGAAUAAUUGUGGACAGACGGCGUAUGAUAUUGCCGUGGCCGCCGGGAGCAGUUCUGUGGUCUCUCAGAUGGCAGCUCACAUGGGACAGGAUCUGCUACAGCGCCACACCAAGGCCAGGAGCCCAUCUGGACUGGAUACGUUCUCUUAAAACAAUCCACAUCUUAACCAAACCAAAUCUCAACUGACAUAUUCAAGCAAAAUGAUUGAUUACAGUGAGUUAACUGAGUAAAAGCGUGAUUUCCUCAUUGUUACUGUGUACAAGAAAUAUUGUACAAGAAAUUAUGUAAUUUGUAUUUACUUGAACAUUUAAAAUGCAUUAUGGAAGCAAAAAGAAAUUGCAAUUUCUGACUUUUUUUCUUGCAAUUAAAAACAAUGAAUUGUAAGACAGUACCUUAUAUUAAACUUGGAAUUGAGAUAUAAACUCAGAUUUGCGAGAGGUAAAAUCUACAGCAGAAGUCACCUUCAAAUCAAGCAGUUUUUGUUUGGUCAACAAGGCAAAAUUGCAUAAACAACUUAAAACCCGAAAUAUUCCACGCAAAAUCGAUUCCUAUUGAAAUUAAUGGAUUUUGUCCGCAAAAGUUUUCUGAUCAACUUUGAGUUUUAUGUAAAUUAUACCAAUAACAGUGAGUUUUAGAGAGCGGUAUACGCAAUAAUUAAUUCCCUGACCUGUCCAAGAAAAAAAAGCAACUUGGGAAUCACUACUCAGGAUUUUCGCUGUCAUCAAAUCUUUCCAAUUUCAUGUUUACGCACAUGUUUUGUCUGUCGGUCUUUCUGUCUUCAGACUAGUGCUGUCAAACGAUU